AUGGGGAAGAGCAGUAGUAAUGAUGAUGAACGCCGUCUUGAUUAUUCGGGUAUUGAACUGUACCCGAACUGGGGUAAAUUUGAUAUCUUGGUUGCAGUUGCAGAAGUAGAGAGGAUCAGAUUGGAGGAGGAGGAAAAAGAAAGGAAACUCAGGCGAAAUCUUUCCACUUUCUUGAAACUUCUUGCUGAAAAAGAAACAGAGGAAUCAUCAGUGGACAAUGGUUCAGAUGUGGUCGGUAAAUUGCAGCUUCUUGCUGGUAAAAUUGAUGUCAAUUUCACAAAAGGGAAAAGAUCGUUCAGAAGGAAGGCUGGUUCCAACCACACAUUAUUGUCUGAGGAACUUCCUUCAGCAAUAUCCCAGUUUGAUUUUGAAGGCAAACAUCAAGAAGAUGAUGGCAAUCAUGUUCUGUUCUCAUAUGGGGAUAUAAUGAAGAAACCCCAAUUGAAGAGACUGAGAUCACCCAGUGAAGAAAAUAGUACUGAUCAUCAAGAUAUAGAGAUGCCACGUUCCAAGAAAGCAAAAAGCAAGCCUAGAUAUCCUGAUGGACCAUCAACAUCAACUAUCAGUACUAUUCCAGAGAAAUUCAAGAACAGAAUUUUGGAAUUUGGGGGUUCAGAGGGAAGCAUUGUAUUUGUGUUUCAAAAGGUGUUAACAGAGACCGAUGUGAACAAGCAUUUCAGUAGGCUGCUGGUGCCAUUUAGGCAGAUCAAGAAUGGGUUUCUGACUGCUGAAGAGCAGGCUCGUUUUUGGGAUCCCAACCAGAAGUUUGGAAUUGAUGCCAUUUUUGUUGAUCCAUCCCUUGAUGAAGGUAGAAUGAACCUGAGACGGUGGGAGAUGGGUAAAAAAGAUGGUAAAAUAAGUUACAACUUUGCAUUGAUCACUAACUGGAUUAAGGUUGUGGAGAAGAAUGAACUGAGACAAGGAAUGACAGUGCACCUGUGGGCAUUUAGGGGGGAUCUACAGCUUGGAUUUGCUUUAGUUUUAGUUUGA